CUGGACAUUAGAUCCGGCGUUCUUCGGAGGGAUUGUUCAGCCUACGACAAAAAGUCAUGUUCAGGCUACUGAUACCGUGCCUCAUAUGGCUCUCGAGCGUCCGCUCCGAGACUGCGAUGAGCAUGCACAUGCACAUGCCCAUGCCCAUGGCCAUGCCUACGAUGGAAGGUAUGUUGGAGGACAAAGCCAUGAACGAGGCUAUGAUGAUGAAGUUGAAGAGGGACUCGUAUCACAAUCCGUGUCCUCCGGUAUACUCUCCUCCGGUGUCAUACGCGCCACCGCCACAAAUUAUCGUGAAACCGGUGGUCCAUCCGGCACCUGCACCAGUCGUCCAUCAGCCUGUGGUUACCUACGUGAAACCUGCACCACCUCCACCUCCACCUCCAGUGGUGGUGAAGCCUGUGGUCCAACCCAAGGUGGUUUCUGUCCCCGUCUAUCAGAAACCAAUGGUCUCCUACGCGCCAGUUUACCAGAAACCCGUCUACUAUCAGCAAACUUAUCAGAAAGUGAUGUACGAGCCACCAAAGGUCUACUUUAAGAAGUACGAAGUGCCCGUGCCUCAAGUCGUACACCUCCCUCAGUACUACCCACCGAAAGUCGUGCAGGUGCCCGUGCAACCCGUCCACCCCAUGCCCGUCUAUCAACAACCUGCCGCGAAACCGUGGUGCCCUUAAAGGAUUCAAGAAUAGACUCGAUCGAUCCUCCAGCUUCGAACGUUCUGGACACGCAGAAAGCCUCGAUCUUCAACUGUGAAACCAUCUUCUCCCAACGAGACUGCCAACGACUGCCACUACUGCCUUUACCCGCCACAGCGCGUCGUAAUCAAACGCAAUUCAGCCAA